GAAGCUGACUUGUGGAAUUUGAAUCCUGCGUGAAGGAGGAGAGAAGAAGAAGGAGGAGGAGGAAAAAGGAAGAAGAAGGAGGAGGAGUGGGAGUGAAGGAGUUUUCGCGCACUGUGACGGAACACAAAAAAAAGUCCUCAAGUGGAUUCAACUUUUUCACCGCCGGACUUUCCUCCCUCGCCUCGGACUUUGGACUUUGGGAUUCAAGCAGCUUUGCGGACUUUGGGACGAGAGAAGGAGCUGGACAAGAUGAGAUGAUGGCCCCCGCGGAUGUUUCCACCAUGUUCGGCUCCACUUCCACGGGAGGACCGCGCUGUUGGCUCCUCACGCUGGCCGCCUUCUUGACCGUCGUGGGCCCGGCGAAGGUGUGCGGCGUGGCAGAUUUGGCGUUCAUGGAGAAUCCGGCGGCGGUGGUCUCGUCUCUGGGUCGCCCGGUGAGGCUGCAGUGCAAGCUGAGGGCCGCGUGCGACGAUGAGGAGGAGCGUCCCGACGUGGAGUGGCUGAAGGAUGGCGUUCCGCUUCGCACCGCCGAGACCGACCGGCUGGAGUUGCCAAAUGGCCGCCAGCAGUGGGUGGUGGCGAGCAUGCUCAGGAUCGACAAGGUCCAGCUCGGGGACAUGGGCAGCUACCAGUGUGCUGCUCAGGCACAAGGCCAGCAGGUCUUGUCUAAGGAGGGAAGCAUCCUAUUGGAGGGUCUUCCUCACUUUUCCACCGAGCCUCAGCAUGUGUCCGUGGUGGCCAACGAGCAGCUGAGUCUGAGUUGCGUAGCCCACGGCCCGCCAGAACCCGUCAAAGUCAUCUGGCUGCAGGACGGCGCUCCUCUGAACACCCUGGAUGACCCGGUGGCCAUGUCGCCCUCCAUGCUCAACCUCACAGGUUUGAACCGGACCAGCACUUUCUCCUGCGAGGCCCAGAACAACAAGGGCGUGGCCGCCUCCGGAUCGGGCACCGUCACCGUGCUGCCGUCGCCGCCUCGCCACCUGAGGGCCGCCAACGUCACGCCGACCAGCCUCCUCCUGUCAUGGCGGCCCGGCUUCGGGGGCGACUACCCGGUGGUGCGCUGCUCCGUGCAGACCUCAUCCGGGGACGCAGACAACAACCAGAACGUCAACAUCCCGCCGGCUGAGCUCCUCUUGGAGGAUUUGGAGCCGCACAGCGACUACGCCUUCAGGGUGUCGUGCCACAGCAGCCAGGGGCCGUCUGACUGGUCGCCCUGGGUCCAGGUGCACACGGCAGAAGGAGUCCCGGACAACCCUCCAGACAACGUGACGGCGCUGCUGAACGGGACCACGCUCCAGCUGGUCUGGGAGAGACCGGCAGGAAAACUGAACGGGGACCUCCAGGGCUUCUUGGUGGUCUACAGCACGCCCAGCAUGCAGGAGGCGCUUGUGGUGGACGUGGGCCCUGACAUGCAGCUGUCAAUCAACCUGUCCGUGCCGCUCAGCAACAUCACCUACCAGCUGUGUGCCUACACGGGGGCGGGGGAGGGGCCCUGGAUGGCGCCGCAGACCCUGGCGCUCGUCUCUCCUGAGUUUCGAGGACUGUCCUCGCCACCAGCCUUCUCCUGGCACUGGUGGUACGUGGUGAUGGCCGCCACCGGCGCCGUGGCCCUGGCCGUGCUCAUGGGCGUCUACGUGGGCAAGCUGCGGAAGAAGCAGACGCGCUUCGGCGAUGCCUUCCAGCCCAUCAUGGAGAGCGGGGAGCUGGUGGUGCGAUACCGAGCACGCCGCUCCUACAGCCGCAGGUCCACUGAGGCCACGCUGAACAGUUUGGGCAUCAGUGAUGAUCUGAAGCAGAAGCUGCAGGAUGUGAUGGUGGAUCGACACAAGCUGACUCUGGGAAAGACGCUGGGAGAAGGAGAGUUUGGCUCAGUGAUGGAAGGCCAGCUGACUCAGGAAGAUUGUGUCCUGCGUGUGGCCGUCAAGACCAUGAAGAUCGCCAUCUGCACGCGCUCAGAAAUGGAGGACUUCCUGCGUGAGGCCGUCUGCAUGAAGGACUUUGACCACGCCAACGUCAUGAGGCUGCUGGGUGUGUGUCUGCAGACGGUGGAGAGCGAGGGCUACCCGUCCCCCGUGGUCAUCCUGCCCUACAUGAAGCAUGGCGACCUGCACAGCUACCUUCUCUACUCACGCCUGGGAGACUGUCCUGUGUACCUUCCUGCGCAGAUGCUGGUCAAGUUCAUGGCGGACAUCGCCCGCGGCAUGGAGUACCUGAGCAGCAAGAACUUCAUCCACAGAGACCUCGCCGCACGCAACUGCAUGCUGAACGAGAACAUGAACGUGUGCGUGGCAGACUUCGGUCUGUCCAAGAAGAUCUACAACGGUGACUACUAUCGUCAGGGUCGCAUCUCCAAGAUGCCCGUCAAGUGGAUCGCCAUCGAGAGUUUGGCCGACAGAGUCUACACCAGCAAGAGUGAUGUGUGGUCCUUUGGCGUCACCAUGUGGGAGAUCGCCACCAGGGGGCAGACUCCGUAUCCUGGUGUGGAGAACAGUGAGAUCUACGACUAUUUACGUCAGGGCAAUCGUCUCAAGCAGCCUCCAGACUGUCUGGACAGCAUCUACGCUCUGAUGUUCUCCUGCUGGCUGUUGAGUCCAAAAGAUCGUCCGUCCUUCGAGGUUCUGCGAGGUGAGCUGGAGAAGACUUUGGAGGAGCUGCCGGACCCCCAGGACCCUGAGGAGAUCCUCUACGUCAACAUGGACGACUCCUGCGCGGAGGCGGAGGCGGGGGCGGCGGGAGGCUCCUCCCCCUUGUGCCUGAAGGGUCUGGCGAGCACGGCGGUGGAGGUGCAUCGCCCCAACCGCUACGUCUUGUGUCCGCAGCACGCCUCCCUGGAGAGUCUGGACACGCCCACUUCCUCCCUGCCACUCAGACACACCGCAGAGCCGCUGGAGGACUCACACAAAAUUCCCUGGCAGUGAGCACGUUGUCAUGGCAACCACAGCUGAGGAACUUUUUCUCCAAGCAGCCAACGACCGCAGGUUCGAUUCCUCGCAGCAGAAGCACAGCGACUUUUUCAUACGCUCAUUUUUCUACUUUUGCACUUUUUAUACCAAACUUUGUUCCUACUUUUGUUCCACGUGGAGGAGAUGGAAGUGGGUGUGACAUCAUUGCUUGUUCCACGUGGAAGAGAUGGAAGUGGGUGUGACAUCAUUGCUUGUUCCACGUGGAAGAGAUGGAAGUGGGUGUGACGGUGCGACAUCAUUGCUUGCUAAAACUCUUUUUAAGCUUUUUAAAUACGUGACAAAAAUGCUUCCCUCCAAGAAAAAACUAAUGGCUUCAUGGCUCAUUGACCAUUCUGGCUCACUGCGACUAGAAAUCAUACUUCAUUUUUUUAAAUAAGGGACGUUACAUCUAUUUUAAGUCAAAUUACAUCUAUUUUAAGUGACGUUACAUCUAUUUCUAAGUGACAUAUCUAUUUCAAGUCAAAUUACAUCUAUUUUAUGUAGCAUUACAUAUUAAGUGACGUUACAUCUAUUUUAAGUGACAUUACAUCUGUUUUAAGUGACGUUACAUCUAUUUUAAGUCAAAUUACAUCUAUUUCUAAGUGACAUUACAUCUAUUUUAAGUGACGUUACAUCUAUUUUAAGUGAAAUUACAUUUAUUUUAAGUAGCAUUACAUAUUAAGUGACAUCACAUCUAUUUUAAGUGACAUUACAUCUAUUUUAAGUCAAAUUACAUCUAUUUCUAAGUGACAUUACCUCUUUUAAGUGACAUUACAUCUAUUUUAAGUCUAAUUACAUCUAUUUCUAGUCAAAUUACAUCUAGCUUAAGUAGCAUUUCAUAUUAAGAGACAUUACAUCUAUUUUAAGAGACAUUACAUCUAUUUUAAGAGACAUUACAUCUAUUUUAAGUGACAUCACAUCUAUUUUAAGUGACAUUACAUCUAUUUUAAGAGACAUCACAUCUAUUUUAAGUGACAUCACAUCUAUUUUAAGUGACAUUACAUCUAUUUUAAGUGACAUCACAUCUAUUUUAAGUGACAUUACAUCUAUUUUAGUGACAUUACAUCUAUUUUAAGUGACAUUACAUCUAUUUUAAGAGACAAUACACCUAUUUUAAGUGACAUCACAUCUAUUUUAAGUGACAUUACAUCUAUUUUAAGAGACAUCACAUCUAUUUUAAGUGACAUCACAUCUAUUUUAAGUGACAUUACAUCUAUUUUAAGUGACAUUACAUCUAUUUUAGUGACAUUACAUCUAUUUUAAGUGACAUUACAUCUAUUUUAGUGACAUCACAUCUAUUUUAGUGACAUUACAUCUAUUUUAAGAGACAUCACAUCUAUUUUAAGUGACAUCACAUCUAUUUUAAGUGACAUUACAUCUAUUUUAAGUGACAUCACAUCUAUUUUAAGUGACAUUACAUCUAUUUUAGUGACAUUACAUCUAUUUUAAGUGACAUGACAUCUAUUUUAAGUGACAUCACAUCUAUUUUAGUGACAUUACAUCUAUUUUAAGUGACAUGACAUCUAUUUUAAGUGACAUUACAUCUAUUUUAGUGACAUCACAUCUAUUUUAAGUGACAUUACAUCUAUUUUAGUGACACAUCUAUUUUAAGUGACAUUACAUCUAUUUUAAGUGACAUCACAUCUAUUUUAAGUGACCUUACAUCUUAUUAUAUUUGGUCAGUUUGUUAUUGGUUGAAGUGAAGCUCGGUCGUGUGCUUAAAAGCAGACAAAUAUUGUAACAUUACUUGUAGUGACGCAGCAACACCCGGACUGUACUCUGUCUUACAUUUUGGUACUUAAACAUGUUAGCAUGCUAGCAUUAACAUGCAAAUGGUUAACUUUUUUUUUGGUGCUAAUUUUAAAGGUUCAGAGUACUUGACGUAUGCUAAUGUUAACAUGCUAACUAUUUUUGAUCAUUUUACAGACAUACACCUCAGGGUCAUAUACUUUGUACUUGAUGCAUGCUAAUGUUAACAUGCUAACUAUUUUUGAUUGUUUUGCAAGAAUACACCUCAGAGUCAUAUACUUCACCAAUGCUAAUGUUAGCAUGCUAACUAUUUUUGAUAGUUUUGCAAGCAUACACCUCAGAGUCAUAUACUUUACCAAUGCUAAUGUUAGCAUGCUAACUAUUUUUGAUUGUUUUGCAAGCAUACACCUCAGAGUCAUAUACUUUACCAAUGCUAAUGUUAGCAUGCUAGCUUUUUUUUUUUUUUAAAGUCAUUUCACAGGUAUACAUUUCAGUCAUAUUUUUUGGUACUUGACACAUGUUAAUUAGCAUUAAAAAAAACUAGCAUACUAACAUUAGCAUGCUAGCUGUUUUGCUCACUCUACAGGCAUACAUGUCAAGAUACUUCACACAUUGUUGUUAGCACGCUAGCUUUUCUUUAAAGCUCAUUUUACAAUCAUACAUUUUUGUUCUUGACACAUGCUAACAUUAGCAUCCUAGCUUUUUUUGUUAAUUUUACAGGUCUAAAUUUCAGUCAUAUAUUUUUGUUCUUGACACAUGCUAACAUUAGCAUCCUAGCUUUUUUGGUUAAUUUUACAGGUCUACAUUUCAGUCAUAUUUUGGUACUUGACACAUACUAAUGUUAGCACGCUAGCUUUUUUUUGUGCUAAUUUUACAGGUCUAAAUUUCAGUCAUACAUUGUUGUUCUUGACACAUGCUAACAUUAGCAUUCUAGCUUUUUUUUUGUUAAUUUUACAGGUCUACAUUUCAGUCAUAUAUUUUGGUACUUGACACAUACUAAUGUUAGCACGCUAGCUUUUUUUGUGUGCUAAUUUUACAGGCAUACACUUCAGGCAUAUACUUUGGCUCUUGACACAAGCUAAUGUUAGCAUGCCAGCUUUUUAGCCCUUUUAGUAGCUUUCAGUCAUGUAUUUUGCUAUUUGACACACGUUUACUAUUAGUUUUUCACAAUGAAGCUCGUAGCUGCACAAAACUUUCGUGGUGUUUCACGGCGACUAACAACAGAAGGAUUUCAAGCUCUGACCUCUCCUUGGCACAUCGCGGCCAAGGUCUAGGAGGUGGACUCGUACCGUCACACCCCGAGUUGGAGAACUUCCUGCUCCUUGGAAAAGAAGACAGGAAGUUGUCACCAAGGCACUUAUUGACUGUAAAUAUCGUGAGAAGAAGUGAGCUUCAUGUUGAAUGUGGACUGAAGUGCCUUCGCCUUUAUUGUGUCACUUCUUAUAAACUGGUCCUUUUCUACAAACCUGUCUGGUUUCCAUGGCGACGCGUGUGUGUGUGUGAGUGACGUGCUUCAGAAUUGGAUGUAUG